CACCAAUCCAGAUCCAAUUAAAGCUUCUGAUGGUAGAGUAACAUACUCUUCCCUCUCUAUGCUAGAAAAGGAAAAUAAUCAUUUCAGCUACGGUAAGAUGAAUCAUUAUGUUGAUUCUACAUGGUCUGAGCCAAAGUCCGGUACCACGUCUGGUCCACUAGGCUCAAAGUCCUCUAACAAAGACUUCUUAUAUCAGUUCCCUUCUGAGGAUAGGGACUUGUUUGAUGGAGGUUAUGACUCAGAUGAUGAUGUUGGUGGUGCUAACAAUAACAUCAUGCCCUCUAACAUACCUCCAGAGGUGAACGUGAAGAAUGUUGUCUCUGGUUUGUUUGCUAUUUUGACUGGGCGAAACAAGGUUCCGAGGAUUACAGCAAACCAGCAGUUACCUACUUCAAAUCUGUCAUUUCUUGGCUCUGGAAAGAAUGGAGAUCUUUUUCUUGACUCUUCAGUGUACACGCCGAGUGCACCCCCCCUCUGCGAGCCAACUGGGAUUGAUUAUAGUGCCUACAAGGAGGUCCUGGAGGCUGAACCUCCAGAAUGGCUCCCUGAUAGUUCUGCUACUGUUUGUAUGCAGUGUACUGCUAUGUUUACUGCGAUUACACGUGGUAGACAUCAUUGCCGGUUUUGUGGAGGGAUUUUUUGUCGUAAUUGUACCAAGGGUCGGUGUUUGUUGCCUGUUAGGUUCAGGGAAAGGAAUCCUCAGAGAGUGUGUGAUUCCUGCUAUGAUAGGCUCGAUCCUUUGCAGGGUGUUCUUAUCAACACUAUAAGCAACGCUAUGCAGGUAGCUAAGCAUGAUGUGAUGGAUUGGACUUGUGCUAGGGGGUGGCUUAAUCUUCCUGUUGGUUUGUCUAUGGAGCAUGAGAUAUAUAAAGCAUCUAAUACAUUGAAAAACUACUGUCAGGUGGCCAAAUCCAAUCCUGAGAGGUCCAUCCCUCUAGCUGUUCUAAAAAAUGCCAAAGGCCUAGCGAUCUUAACUGUUGCCAAAGCUGGUGCACUUCUCUCUUACAAAAUUGGUACUGGUUUGGUUGUUGCUCGAAGAGCAGAUGGAUCAUGGUCUGCGCCAUCAGCUGUACUCUCCCUGGGCUUAGGAUGGGGUGCUCAGAUUGGUGGCGAACUUAUGGAUUUUAUAGUUAUUCUUCAUGAUAUAAAAUCUGUGAAGACAUUCUGCAGUCGAAUGCAUUUUUCCCUUGGUGCUGGUUGUAGUGCUGCUGCUGGACCUGUUGGAAGAGUUCUGGAGGCUGAUGUUCGUGCUGGUGACAGGGGUUCUGGCAUGUGCUAUACAUACAGUUGUAGUAAAGGGGCAUUUGUUGGAGUGUCGCUGGAAGGGAAUAUAGUUGCAACAAGAAUGGAUGCCAAUUUGCGGUUUUACGGCGAUCCUUAUCUCACUACAACUGACAUUCUACUAGGGAUGGUGGACAGGCCAAAGGCAGCUGGACCAUUGUACGACAGUCUCCAAGAUCUAUACUCGAGUUUACGCCAUUAAGCUCCCUUCUAGUUGCAGAUUCAAGCCAUAGCUCGUGCAUGUAAAUAUGAAAUGUGAUUCCCGUUUUGAAUUUGAGGUCCUCUAUAUCUUGUUCAUGGUGACGAGGGGUCUAUGCACUUUUAUAAUUUGCUCAUGCAUUGUACAGUUCAAUGCAUAUUACGCAGAUGCUCAUUGUCAAUAUUUUAUUAGUCAUGAUUGUACAUAUGCAAUUGAUGAACCAAGUUAUAUUUAUCUAUCAAGUUCUUUUGCUUUAUUUUCAA